AUGAAUUCAUUACGAGAGAACACUCCUUCAAGUCAAACUUCUCUUUCCAGUUCUUCUUCAACAACAUCAUCCACAGCUACGAAUACAAAUUUCUCAAAGACAAGAGAAAUGAGAACGAUUCAAACGCCAAACAUCAUUCAAUUGUCAAACACUCAACAUCCUUAUCAUCAUGAACAGAAUCAUUUGGAGUGUAUGAGAAAAAUACAUUCAACUUCUGAUGUUGAACUUUGCUCUCAAUAUUGCGAGCAUCAUCCCAUUCCAUAUAUGGAUGAAGAACAUGGCAAUGAUGAGGAAUGGGAAGCACAACGUUUGGGUCAUUUCAAUUUUAUGAACAGGCAUCCACAUGGACAAGAAUUUGAAAUUCCAUCCUUCAACAAGAAAGAAGCCAGGAACAAGCAACACACGCCAGUUGUCACUACAUCAAUUGCCACUUCGAUGCAGUCACAAGACAAACUAUUGAGCUCGAAGCCGUCAUCCUUUGAAGAUCAAGUCAUGAUCGAAUACGAAAAAGCAGAAAAUAUGAAAACUCCAGACUCAAACUCUCAUGUAAUUCUCAAUGUUCCUUCCACAUUGACACCUGACAGCUGCCCAUGUGGUGAGCAUGCAGACGCAAACCACCAUUCAAAUGCAUCCUCCACCGCAACGUCCAGCGAAAAUUCAAGCAUUUUCUCUCGAUUUCAACCUCUUCAGUCAUUCAUUCACAGAUAUCAUGAAUUUGAACAACAUUUAUUAAGACGCUCUGAAACGAAACGCGAAAACAAAUUUCGAUCUCAACUCGAACUCGUCACUGCCAUCAAUGAUCAUUGCGAUCAGGUCCUCCACACAUAUCCCUUUUACCGUAUUUUCAUUUUGUCAGUCAUUGGAGGAUUUUAUCUUUCCAUUGGAACCAUUUUGAGUGGUUUAUUGAGUAGCGACUUGUCCAGUAAGGCCAUGCAAAAAUUAAUGAUUGGCAUUUCAUUCAUUUGUUCCUUCACCAUGAUUGUGUUGAGCAAGAGUAUUUUGUUUACGGAGGUGAAUAUUUCAGUUUCAGUUUAUUUGUUCAAGCAUGAUUUGAUUGGAAUUUUUAGAAGAAGUAUUUUCAAAGUGUUGAAAACAGUGUUGUGUUGCUUUUUCAAUUCACGAAACGAAAAUUCUCAUUCUCAAGACAUUGAAAGUCAUGGUCGUGAAAAGCAUUUUCCCCAUUUACCAAAUCCAAGAAAAAACAUACAACUCAUGACUCUGGUGAAUUCAGUCUUGUAUUGGCUCGUGUGCAUUGCUGGAAACUUAUUGGGUACCAUGUUGAUGAGCUCUAUUUUGAAUGGUUGUCUCAUUUGGUAUCAAAACACGUCCUUGAUUCAAUUUUUAAGUAACACUACAUUGCACAAGAUUGAACCUUUCCAAGAACGAGGUGUCAAUGGAUGGUUCUUGUGUGUGGUCUCAGGAAUGGUUGCAAACUUCAUGAUUGGUGUGGCAUCCCAGUUGUGUUCGAGUGCAGUGACAUUGGUUGGAAAGAUUGCUGGUUUGGCCAUUCCAGUCAUUGCUUUUGCUGCGUUAGGACCUCAACACGCCCCAGCGAAUUUUGGAUACUUUUCACAUAUUUUGGUUUGGAGAGAUGUCUUUGGAGAAUCGUUUUUGGCUCAAAAUGCAACCACUUCCCUCUUGACUCCAGAAAUCAAGUACGUCAUGGAAUUGAGUUGGGCCGACGCUUUUGCUUGGAAUAUUGUUCCAGCAGCUGUGGGAAAUGCUCUUGGAGGUUUCCUUCUUGCUUUUGCAUUUGUUUUCACAUUUAUCAAAUAA